GUUGUCGGAGUCAAUUUGUGCUCACAGCGCUUGAUGUGCUGUGUUUGGUAAUUAAUGUUGAAAGUGCGAAUGAAUUUGGGGAAUUAAUUCUAAUUGUGGAAAUAUGGCAUAAGUGUUGUGCAUAUAUUGUGCAUGUUAUUUUAAUGUGUUCAUUGCUAUCAGUGUUUUUACAAAAAAAUCUUUUUGCGACACCCUUAAAAUAUAUAAACAAAAGUUUUGUACGUAUGUUUUGAAUUAGAAAAAAGUAAAUUUAUUUGCCUACGAGAAUCUAAUAAAUAAAAAUGUCAAAUUCACAUUACCGUCCAUUGGAUACAGAGGGCACUAGCUCCAAAAAUAUAGGAAACGGUUACGCGUUAAGAUCGACUUCGUCCGCAAUUCGGUAUCAUUGGUCGAAAAGUACUUUAACACGUAAAAUCCUGGCAUUUGGAAUGCUCGUCUUUAUGCUUGUAGUGUAUUUAGUUUGGUGUGCGUUAGCAGCUUCCAGUCGAGAGGAAAUCAGCUAUGCAGCUGCGCCGUAUCUAAAAUUGCAGCGCUCACGCCAAACUAGCGCCACCUCUGGCUUCUCCCGAACACAAUUCUCUACCUACAGCAAUACCCAAAAACCAACAACUAGGAUGGCCAUGCACCACAAAAGCUUGCCAAAGUCGAGUGCUGUCUCCAGAGCAGUUAAUGAAUCGCUUGUCGUUUGUAGCGAGGUUUUUGUUGACUCACGGGCAUACAUACAAAAUCGACCACGGAAGGAUUAUGAACAAUUACCAAUAAUUUAUUUUGUGACGCCCACAUAUCCAAGACGUGAACAAGUGCCUGAAUUAACGCGUUUAGCGCAUACCCUACUCCAUGUUCCACGGAUUCACUGGAUAUUGGCGAAUGAUUAUGGAACCUGUAAUGUAUUUUUAGAUUUUUUGCUUAAUAAAUUUGGUAUUCCUUUUACUCAUCUCUCAAGUCCUAUGCCAUUUAGUUAUCGUAAGAAAAAACCUAUGCCACGCGGUGUUGCAAAUCGUCGUGCAGCUAUUUAUUGGCUACGUCAGCAUAAUAUAACGAAUGGUAUAUUAUAUUUUGGCGAUGAUGACAAUACCUAUGAUUUAAAACUCUUUUCGGAAAUACGCGAUACACAUCGUGUGUCAAUGUUUCCUGUUGGGUUAAUCGAAGAUUAUUCAGUCAGUGGGCCAGUUGUGCGUAAGGGUAAGGUUGUUGGUUUUCUGGAUUCCUGGGUAGCUGAUCGGCACUGGCCUGUCGAUAUGGCUGGAUUUGCAGUUAACUUAGCGUUUAUGUCAGAACAUCCAAAUGCAAGUAUGCCAUACAAACCAGGCUAUGAAGAGGAUUACUUUUUACGUAGCAUAUCAUUAAAGUUGGAUUAUAUUGAGCCGAAAGGAAAUGAUUGUACCGAAAUUUUAGUUUGGCAUACGCAAACUAAAAGUAGAAAUCGUUCUAUUGUUCGGAUAAAUCGUGAAUAUCUAGACGAUCGUUCGAAUUUAGGUGCACUUUUUAAGUCGCUAGAGAUUAUGGGUGUAUCAGUGGCUUCUGAAACUGAAGGUGUCAAAGCUAUAAUAAGUAAAAAUGGUAAAACAAAAUCCUUGAAUUAUUUUCUAAGCUGAAAUAUUUAGUUGUAGAUAGUUUUAUUAACGUGAUAAAUUUUUAAUAACAUAGAAUUCAUCCUUCUUGUUAUGUGUCGUACAAGUAUAAUGCAAAAGUUUGAAUUUAGUAUAUUUAAAUAUAUAAUUGUUUGCAAUGGUUAACAUCGAACACAUUAAAUGCAGUGAUGAUAGCCUUUUAAAAUAUAAGUUCCAAUAUACUAUACUUUUGAGUAGAUGAAAGGCUGCAUAUUUUAUACGUUUAUAUUCCUUCCUAAAGAACUAAGCAUUAAUUUUAUUUUUAAAAUUGCUUCAAAGGAUAAGGUUGUUUCUGUAUAAAUCCCUCCAAUUUACCGGAUGUGCGUUUAGUAGAGAUAUCUGCACAUAUAGCUUAGUUUGGACUUUUCCGUUCCAAUGUGUGGAAAAAAAGUCAAACAAAAAUAUAUAUUUGUAUAUAUAUUUUAUAUUCGG